UUUUUAUUGAAUUUCAAAGAUUAGGCAAUUAAAAUCAUAAAAGCAAUAAAUAUAUUGUUUUUUUAUUGCUCAAUUUUAAAUAAUUUAAUAUAAAAACUCCUAAAAAUUAGCCCGCAUUUAAAACGCGACGUGAUUGGUUGAAGUGUUUGUGACGUCAUAGGCUUAGCUGUCAAUGUUUUGUAUACAAGUUUCAGUUAGAAGAACUCAAAGUUUUGGCCCGCGAAGUAGUGAAAAUGAGCCGAAAUCCGCAAAUUGGUUUUGUGCAAGUAGGGUUGCCAACUGUCCAGAAUUUGGGUGGACGUCCACCUUUUCGGCUCAUUUGUCCAGCGUCCAGUCAAUACCUUUGGCUGGACAUAAAAUGUUCAUAAUUUUCACGUUGGCACAUUUUUCAAUUUUUUCGAAGGAUUUUUUCCACAAAUUCUUAAUCAACUUCGAAUUAAACUUAAACAGAGAAUUGAAGAUGAGUUUUUAGGGUUAAUAUGCUCAAAUGCGAUUAAAAAUCUUGCAAGAGCUUGUCAACAGAAUAUAAAGGCUACAUCCUCAAAUUUUACCAAGACGCCCUUAGCUAUCUAGAAUCAAAAUUCGAUUUCUCAGAAAAUAAUAUGCUAUCAAAAUUUUAUCUUUUUUCCCUAAGUAAACCAAUAAAGUUUAAUGAUUUAUCGAGUAUUGUUAUAGAGUCUGGUCUAAGCGAUCAAAUUGAUUUGGAUGCAUUAUACGAAGAAUUUUGUGAAAUGAAACCAGCGCUAGAGUUGGCAUAUUCGUCUAAUUUACCUAUAUUAGAUAAAUGGAACUCAAUUUUUAAAGAAAAUAACUUCAAAUAUAUUCUUAAAAUUGUGCAAUUUGUUUUUUCGCUUUUUGGUUUUAACGCAGACGCAGAAAGGGUUUUUUCAAUGUGUUCAGCUUUGUGGUGAGAUGAUCGAAAUAAAUUUACGCUUGAGCAUGUUAAAGCUGAACUCCAAAUAAAAAUUAAUUUUGACAAAACCUGCAAAGAGUUUUAUUCGUAUAUAAAGGACAAUAAAAAAAUAUUAUUGGAUUGCAAAUCCGAAAAAAUAUUCUUUUAAAAAUAAAAAUUAGAAAUUAGUUUUUCCUAUAGGUACCUAUUUUCUAUUAUCUAGAGAUUUGUUAAUUUAUAAAGCAAUAUGUUUAUGUUUGAAAGUUACCCAUUUAAUACAUAUAUUUCAUGUUUGUUGUCUUAAAGUAAGAUUUUUUACUAGAAUAAGUAUUUUUUUAUUUACAUUGAACUAUUGAACUAAGUGUUUAAUCUAUAUGGCGAGUUCUGUAUAUUAUUUAUGUGUUUUCCCAAGUAAAAAAAAUUUCAAAUAAAAUAUGUCCAUAAUUUUGUACCGGUGUCCAGAAUUUUUAAUCACCUUGCCCAGAAAAUCCCAAAAUAAAAGUUGGCAACCCUAUGUGCAAGCGAAGUCGGAUAAUCUUCCUAUUGUUGACGUACAAAUGGUAUCUACUUAUUUUGCGGGAAACGAUUGUUUUAACGUUGCUGAAUCGCGGGGUGUCAAAGCACAAAGAUCAGCACGGGGGGCCUAUGGAGAUAAUGCUGUGGGAAAUGUGGAGUUGCAAAGGGAAGGGUCAAUAUGCACCGUCCAGUGCAAAAUUACCCCCGAGCACAAAGUGCAUAACAAAGCAUAUGUUGUAUUUUGCAAAAUUAAUGAGGAGAUUGGCAUGGUUGCAGAGCUGAGCUGUCAAAGUUGUGCUGCUUCUGCGGGUGGAUGCAAACACGCAAUUGCCUUUCUGAUGUGGUUACAUCGGCGCAGCGAAGAACCGGAACCGACAGCAACUGUGUGCUAUUGGAAAAAAUCACGACUGGCCCAAGUAGGAACAAGUAUGAAAUUCAUCACUAGCAAAGAUAUCUUCAAUGAAAUGCAAAAUAACAUUAAGGAAGAAAAGGAGGAAAUGGAGCUGAAAGCAGAUACAUUUCUAGAAAAAUUAUUGAGCGAAAUGACAAUUCGUCAGAGUAAAUUUCAAAUCUCCAGACAUUGCAUAAAUUUUGAGCCCCAGAGUAGCGACAUAUCCUUACACAAGUUAUUGGCUGUGUUUGUAGAAAUGGGAGGGGAAGAUGUCGAAGAUUUUUUGACGUUUGCAGAGGGCACCAUGUCGGAUUUCAUGUGUGAAAAAAUCGCACAUGAAACCGAGGCUCAAAGUACCUCCAAGUUGUGGCAGGAAAUGAGAUAUGGUCGAAUAACGGCCUCAAAAAUUCACGAAAUUGCCCAAUGUCAUACGUCAAAUGGGUCUUUAGUGCAUCAAAUUAUGGGCGCAUCAAAAAUAAUCGAUACAGCUCCAAUGGCAAGAGGUAGAGAACUGGAAAAACAAGUAAUUGCGGAGCUUCAACACAUAUUAGGCGAUGUACAGUUAAAAAAAUCAGGUUUAUUUCUUUCUCCCAAAUACCCUGCCAUUGGAGCUUCGCCCGAUGCUUUGGGGCCAAAUUUUGUCGUCGAAAUCAAAUGCCCGACAAAAUUGGAAACGAUGACAAAUUAUAUUUCCUCAGAUUAUAAAUUAAAAGACAAAUGUAUGGCUCAAAUUCAGUUACAAAUGUUUGCUACUAAAAUGGAACGUGGCUACUUUUGCGUGGCAGACCACGAAUUUGAGUCAAACAAACAAUUUACUUUGAUUUGCGUUGAGUAUGAUGAACAAUUUACUAUGCGACUGAUUGAAAAAAGUAUGCUUUUUUGGAAAACACAUGUAUAUCCUCUUUUAUACUGUGCUAGCGCGGUAUAAAAGAGGAUAUACAUGUGUGCACAAUAGGGUCGAGCGAAAUAUGAAUAUUUUUAAAAUUGAAAACGCCUGUAUAUAGGUUACUAAGUAUAAUGUUUAUGUUUAUUUUUACCAUAAAAAAUUUUAAUUUUUUUUAAUUCCUUCCACCACCCCAAAGCCAUCUUAAAUGUAAAAAUUAUAAUAUUCAGACAAAGGUGGAAAACGGUUUAAAUUAUUUUUUUUCAUGCCAAGAUGUUUUUUUAGCAUAAUUAACUUUUACAAAAUGAAGUAUUUAAUUAAAAAAAAAACCAAGGGUCAUUCCACGUUACUCAGUAAUUUUUGUCCCGCCCGUCACAUUUAAAAAUUGUGAGUAAAAACCACAUGUUAUUAAAUUUAUUUUAAAAUUUUGUUUAUUAUGCUUGUAAUGAGCUUAUAAGCACAAUAAAAAUAAUAUUAUAAAAUAAUAAUUUAGUAAUUUUUGGUGUUUACUCACAUUUUUUAAUUGUGAGGGGCGGGACAAAAAUUACCGAGUAACGUGGUGACCCACAAGCGAAAUGGACGGCGGGGGUCCGUCAAUGUUAAAUAUGAGAAUGUUGGUAUUUUUAAAAUUGACCGGGGCCCCCAUUUAGCUUGUUUUUUUUUGAAAAUCAAAUUACCUCAUUUUGUAAAAGUUAAUUAUGGGGUCAUUCCACGUUACUCGGGG